UUUCACAUGCGCAUAAUGUUUUAGAAACGUCAUACAUAGUUUCCAUACUAAGUACAUAUAUAUCAUACAAUAAAACUACAUGUACAGCAAUAAGUACAAAUUGAAAUAUACACUGAGACUUUGCAAAGUAUAGAUUCUAUCUGAUAUGAAGGAAGACUAUAAAAUGAAAUACCUUUUAUUCCCGUUAUAUGAAAAGGAAUGUAGGUAACAUAUUCUAAAUCUUAUUCCUAUACUUUGUGAGCAUUUUCAAUUACAAUUAUAUACAACACUGUACCGUCGUUACAACCGCAUAUGACUUGGCAAAUGAUAUAUUUCCAGAGGAAUAUAUUUAAGCCCAAUAUAGUAUCUGCCUUGAGCUAACGAUAAACAACAUUGCGCAAUUUUUGCGCAAAUUGUUUGCGCAAGUUUCACUGGUCUUUAAUACAUUUAUACGAUUAUAUUCCAAUGUUUCUAAACAUUAUGCAUUUAAAAAUAUUUUACUUUAUACAUCAUUUAUAAUAAUGUGCACAUUAAUUCAUUACUUUAACAACUUGAUAUAUUAUGUAAUAAUAUGUAUAAAAAUGCAUGUUUUAAUACAAGUCUUAUUUUCAGUCAUAUUGUAUAUGUAUGAGUGUAUGGCUGUUUGUAUUUACUAUAAUAAGUAGACAUUAGUACACACUGGCGUAUUAUUCAGCUACUAACGCGAAAAGUUAAUGAGCAAGCAAUUUUUGUACGAUUUAAUAAACAAUACGCGUUCAUUUGCGCAUUACUUUAACGAAACGUAACUGAGUUUUCAUGAUUAUAGUUUCCUACUUUCUUGUGUAUAGACUGUUCGUAACUUACAGUUAGAAGCUCUUGAGCGUGAGUCCUCUCGCUGGCAGGCUGUUGGCCUUCGCGGGUGCGUCCCUAGCCUGGGAAUGGGCUACGGCGAUGCUGAGGCACUGCACCCACUCCUCAGCGUUUUUCCCAUCUUUUGGCUUCAGUAUAAGCGUCUGGUCUCCCGUGAAGAUCUCGAACGCCUUGGGAAUGUUCCGCGCGCCGCGUGAUACUUUUACUGAUCGAAUCUGGUUUAUAUCGAUACUUUCACCGCCACUAGAUCCUUUGCAAGAGAGAUGUGCGCCGGAGAGCGUGAAGUAACGCGUCCUCCAUCGCCGGAAGAGCCUCCAGCGCCCCUUCUUCUCCUUGAGCUGGCCCUCGAUGACGGGAGCCCCGUCCGCCGCCAGAAAGCCCACGGCGCGCUCCGGGUGCGUACAGAGGAAGCAGCCCCAUGUCGCCUGCGUGGGUGGUAGUGCAGCGCCAUCGUUCCUGCGCGCCACUACUUCGAAUACGUCAAAGAAUCCCGCAGCGCGCAACUCGUUCAGUAACAUCUCUUGUUCCUUAAUCCCAGGGAAGGCGCCAGUGACGAGAGUGAGGAAGGUUUUAUUCUCGCACUUGAGUAUGUCCCAGCAGUGUUUGAGCGAGGCGACGGUGGGGUCCCGGGAGGACAGCGCGGAGGGAUGGCGGGCCUGCAGCGCCAGGAACAUGAGGUGGAUCCACACGCGGGGCAGGCGCGUGCGCACCGAGAACAUGCAGCGCGCGUACAGGCAGUGCGCCCCGCGCCGUCCGCACACAAACAUCAGCCGCGCCUGCUUCUUCGAACGACGCUCUUCAAUAGUACAUUUAGCUGGCGGAGGCAGCCUCAGCGACACAUUAUCCAUGUACGCCUUGAUCUUAUCCAGGUGCUUCUCACAGAAGUGCUGCACUGUAUCCCUCAUGGGGUAUGGCUCGAACACACUGAUCCUAUGGUUGGAGGCGGAUGUAUUGUUCGUGCCAUUGUUUGUAUUGAUCAUAGUCACGCUGGUGUUAUUGGCCCUUCGUGACGUCACCGUUACUGGCCCUGAGAUUGAGAUCGGAUUUGUAGGGCUCACAGAUAUAGGCCCCGAGCCCGGAGUACUUGAUGUCACCACCGAUACGUUCCCUAAAGCAGUGUUCGAGUGCUGGAUGGACACCGCCGAUGUGAUCGGCGUCAAACCAUCCGAUGACUUGCCCGGAGUGAGCGGGUUCACUGAUAUCGACUGUGUUGAUAGAGGCGGUCCUGAUAUGAUUGUCUGAUUUUGGUUGGGUCCCGCGGUGGAUCCUAUGAGUAUGUUGUGGUGGUGGUGCGGGCGGGGCGCAGGCCGGGGGGCACGGGCCGCGCACACGCUGGUGACGGUGAUGGCCCCGCUGGUCCCAUUGACCCCACUAGCCCCGUUGGUGUUGCCUCCACUGCCUCCGUUGGCCUUGCCCACAACGCCGCUUGAUGAUGACGACGGCUUGCUGUUUGCUACUGUACCAGUGGUUCCAUUGGGUGGCGUGUUUAUUUGCUGCGAAGAUGAUAGGCGCGUCAUACUCUUGUGAAGACCACCCACUGAACCUCCGGGCACGUUGAGCCUGGUCAUGCUGCGAUGCGGCGCGGGCCCGGGAUGCAGACGGCCCGUGCUGCGCGAGUCCCCCAGCUUGGCGCGCCGCGCGUACCCGCCCCCGCCACCCGCCGCGCCCCCUGCACUUGGCGUAGUCCCCGCCACUGCCCCUGUACUACUCCCCGUCGUGCUGCCAGUCCCAUUGCCAACUCCCCCUGUACUGCCACUACCCCCCGUAUUGCUAGCCCCCGCAGGGGUCUGUCCCCCGCCUAAUCUCACAAUAGUCACCCCUGUUGAUGUUCGAUUCACUUCACUCUGACUCGACCCCGAUUUAGGACGAUUACUGGUGUUGGCUCGCACGGCAGUGAGUAGGUUGUCGGUGAAGAGUGCGGGGAAGGCACUGCACAGCGAGGUGGCGUCCCGCAGUAAUGCAGCCUGGAGGGCGCGCGGGGCGGAGCCCAACCGCUCCACCACGAAGUUCAGCGCCUCCUGGGCCAGCUCCCUGCUCGUGUAUCCCAGCUGAGUGAGUAUGUUGGCGACCAGCGUGACAGCCUGUGGCGAGGCAUGCGGCGCCCGCGCAGCUCGCUUCACUGCCGGGCCCUGGUCUACCACUAACGUAACUCGACUGCGACUCAGACUCGCUAUCACCUGCAGUAUAUCCACACACAUGCAGCCUGGAUCACUCUGGCUAGCUGUAUGGGGACACAAGUAGGACAACAGCUGUGGCACACAUGUCUUCAGAGCCUCUGGUUUACGGGCUGCAAUUUGCUCAAACAGGGCGAACAGGGAGCUCUUCUCCACCGGCUCGGCGUGCGGGAGUAACGACACCAAAGCUGGUGUGUGACCCUCAAGCGGUUCAGGAGACACUUCAUAUAGGUUUGUCAGGAUUCGGCAGAGAGGGUAGUUACCUGACAUAAUAGAGUCCAUGAUAGUCUGCACAUGCGGCUUCAGUAGCACUGCGUGAUGUACGGCGGCAAGUGAGAGGUAGCGCGCCAUGUGCCGCGAUAUCUCUCUAUUGCCUUUGUGCAAGAACUGCACAGCUACUGGCAGAAACAGCUCCAUCACAGACUUGUUGCCAUAGUUCUCCUUGUCAGACUGAAGGGGGAAUGAUACCAAAACAAUGCAUGCUAUGAUAUCUGAAGCAAUCUUAGCAUGAGGUGGAUCAUCAUCCCGGAGGUGGCCAAGAGGCAUCAAAUUGUGGUGCAGACAAGACUCCAGCAGGGCUACUAAAGCCCCGCAAUACUUGUCCAGGGUACCUGUCUCCUUUACACAGGAUGUUACUCGUGCAACACAUAUUUCUAUCAGAGCCUGGUCUCGGUCGUUCCGACAGUAGUCCGGUCGAGAUGAUAUCUCAGUUAUUUGUUUCAAGACUUCGUUGAGAUCGUCAACGAUGUCCGCAUCAGGGAUCGCGAAGAUGUCUCCGGCGCGGGUGAGGUCCCGUUCCGUCAGCACAUGCUUGAGUAGCUCGUGCAUCGUGCCGCCGCCCCUGCACUGUUGUUGUGUCGCACCUUUACCACACCGUAAACAACAUUCACCUAGAAUGCCCCAUCAAUGGACACAUCAACAGUCACUUUAACACACAACUUUAUCACCAUUAUUCAACACACGCAACAUGCAUAAC